UCUCUAUAUAGCGGGGGCGGGUGACGCUACCUGUAGGUGCCACGGACGUCAUGAGCUUUACCGUGAACAAAAGCGUCGCCAGGGCGAUUUCCGGACUCUUCGGGUCCGAAAAGGAUGCUGAUUGCACGAUUGUAUUUUGCCUUGAAGAACCUAGCUGUCCCUUAAGGCAAAGCCCGCCGCUGGAUGACCUAGGUGCUGAAGUGGACGAAGCCCCAGCCAAACGGCAGAAGCUUGAGGAUGGCUCUUCGGCAGCUCUUUCUUGUGGCACUGUUGUCGUUGGAGAUCCACUACCUGCUCACCAGUUUGUCCUACGCUACGCAUCGGAGCGAUUUUCUGUUCAGAUUGAGCGCUGGGGCAACCAACGGGUACCGUUGCUAAAGUCGUCGCCCGAUGCAAGCGAGGAAGAAUGUGCAGAGGGCCUGCACCUCGCGCUGUCCAAUGGACGGCCGGAGCUGCGCAUCACGCUUGGAAGCGAAGGGGAGCUUGCCGGCGCCCACGCAGCCAUUCGGUACGCCUACACCGGACAGGUGCACGCUGGCAGCAUCCGCGAGGCUCUCGAAGUACGGCGUCAAGCAGCCUACUUGCAAAUCGACGAGUGUGCAACAGCAUGCGAUGAAGUUGUGCGCGAAAAGCUGGAGGCUGCCAGCCAGCGGUCAAGCGCCGCCGGCACAUGUACCGCCAUCAUCGACGCAUCUCCUGCAGCCGGCGCCAGCGCAGACAAGCUCCCACCCGUGCUGGAGCUGUACACCAACGAAGCGCUGUGGCCCGACCCCGACGAGGACCCCAGCUUCGCCGCAGUGCUCUCCGCUGCCAAGCCCCAGCUCGUGUCCUACUUCAACAAUGCCAUCUCCGUCCUCAACACGCCACUCCUCCGCCAGCAGCUGCUGAAGCUCCCCUCCGCCGCCGUGUACGCACUGCUGGAAUCCAGCGCCUUCGGCACCGACAGCGAGUCAAGCAUCCUGCUGAUGCUCGCCACCUGGAUGAAGAAGAACUACGCGAAAGCUGACGCCACGAUGCGCGAGCGGCUUUGCCGACAAGUCCGCCUGGUGCAGCUCAGCAAGCCCUACCUCGGCUUCGUGCUGCCCGCCCUGGUGCUGGACUACGAAACCGGCGCCCAGGCGCCUGCUGGCUGGCUGGCCGUCAACGGCAUGGAGGCCGCCUUCAUCAGCAACCUGGCGCGCGCCUCCCCGGUGGAGCGCGAGCAGCUGGAGACGGCAGGCAGCGGAAUGUUCGGGCUGAAGACGCCCGCCUACAGCAUCACACCCCGGCCGCAGUGCCUGCCGGAGGCGGGGUUGACCUUCCACUGGCACGUCACGCAGGAGCAGCUGGAGCAGAAGCUGGGGCAGCUGCGGCGGGAACACGUGUAUCCCAGCUUUGACGGCGGGAAGGCGCACAUCGUGGCGCGGGGGUUCCUGUGGCGCCCCUCGCUCAAGUACACGGUGGGCCAGGCGGCGGCGGGGCUGUUCCUGUGGUGCAAUAUGUCCUCCGCGUUCGAAGUCGCGGAGUCGCGACUGGGCGACGAGAGCAAGCUGGCGGCGGUGGUGGAAUUUGACGCGCAUCUUGCCGUACACAAGUGGCAGGAUGGAGUACGGCGGACGGUGCAGUACAGCUACAGCAGCUCUGAGGACAUGGUGACGAUCGGGCGGGGUCGGGGCUGGUCCAAGGUGCUGCCGCUGCGGCCGACGACGGCGGACAGCCAUGA